AUUUCAUUCCGCCCGUGACGCCAUUUUCCUUGUUAUUCCUCUUUCGCCAGGGUAAUUCAACAAUCUUGGAUACAUGCAUUUUGGACAAAUACUCACAAUAAUCAGAUAUCUGACACUUUAAAGGCCCACCUUCCCUUUAUUGAAGGAGAAGGGAUAUUUAUUAAUUUGUUUGUUUCGCUUUCUGAGGAAAGUUCCUGAAUAGGCGACCAUGUACAUCAAACAGGUAAACUGGCGGCGCGAGCUCCAUGUCGAAGACCCGCUCUUUAAAAAUUAUUGCUAGCGGCCUAGCCAGAUAGCUAGCUUUAGCUAAGAAGUACCGUAAAUAAAUGAACCUUUACAUGUAGCUAGCUAGCUGGAGAUGGUCUACAAUACGGCACUUAGAAAAGUAAUCUACAAAAAUUGUAAUGUGCAGGAUUGCAAACAAUUCUUGGCCAUGUCUGUCAGUAGGCUAGCUAGCGCCGGUACUAGUAGUGAUGCUAGUCGCUAGCUAACGUUAUAGUUGCUAGCAAUAUGUGGUAACCUUUUUCAAUCCAGCUAACGUUAACUAGUUAGGUCAGCUAACUAGCUUGCCACUUAGCUAUCAAGACAAGCCAUUCAUAAAGUAGUCACAUCAGCUAGCUAAGUUAGCUAGUAGUUACUCGCCGUGGUGCUGAAACAUUCAGAUAACAUUGUUUGUUAUUAGCUAGCUAGGAAGAUACUGCUCCAUCCAGCUUGCCUGUUGACAUAGCUAUCAAGCUAGCUGACUAGCAAUUGUUGGCAGCUAAUUUCAACUUCUUGGCAAAAUAAACGAUUGGUGGAUGUCUGAAUUUUUUUAUUCAAUGCAAUGGUGCUGUAACUAGCUAGCUAGCUUGGAUAAUUCAGAUUUGUGAUAGCACUUUCCUUCUUAUCCUCUCAGGUCAUCAUCCAGGGGUUUCGAAGUUACAGGGACCAGACUGUGGUGGAUCCUUUCAGUCCAAAGUCCAAUGUCAUCGGUGAGCAUCUGCAAAGUUUACUCUCUCCCAAAACCUUGAGCUAUCUUUAGUCAUCACCAACACCUCACAAUGUAGGUUUGGCUGUAGAGGAAACAAUGGGCCCAUUGCCUUUCGAUUCAUUGUCUGACUGACAUUUCCCUCCCUGUAUGUUGUUUUCUCACAGUGGGAAGAAACGGAUCUGGAAAAAGUAACUUUUUCUACGGUACGUGAGCGCGCUGCCCCUGUCCUCUAAUUAUGUUUUCUACCAUAUGAAAUCAGAAGAAAGAAAAAAAAAUGGUGAUACAUUUAUUUGCUGUAUCUAACAAAAACAAAUGUUUGUUUUUCUUUCAGCCAUUCAGUUUGUGCUCAGCGAUGAGUUCAGCCACCUUCGCCCCGAACAGCGCCUGGCCUUGCUCCAUGUAAGUAGUGGAAGUUAUACUAACAGUAAUGGAUAUUAUAUAAUCCUCAGUCUGAUGUUAACCCCAUAACACUGUAAUAACAAUGUUAUUCCCUGUCACUGUAGGAGGGAACUGGUCCUCGUGUUAUCUCGGCUUUUGUGGAGAUUAUAUUUGACAAUUCUGACAACAGGUUGCCGGUAAGAUUCUCACCAAACAUAAUUGGCACCUUGACUAUUUAGUCAGCCAUGUUUAGUUUUCGUGUCUCUCCUUUCGUUGGUCAAUAAAUUCACUCUCCCUACAGAUCGACAAAGAGGAGGUGUCCCUCCGUCGUGUCAUCGGCGCCAAGAAGGACCAGUACUUCUUAGACAAAAAGAUGGUGACGUAAGUGUCUGUUGACUACACGUCUGUUGUGACUGAGCAAAAAUAGAACAUUGCCUCUGUUUGAAUAUGUAAUCAUCAUAUAAUCAACAAUCAUGUAUGUUGAUUUUAUUCCAGUAAAAAUGACGUCAUGAACCUCUUGGAGAGUGCUGGUUUCUCCCGUAGUAACCCCUACUACAUCGUCAAGCAGGGAAAGGUAAGACGGCACGAUGAAGAAAUGCUGUGAACAGGCUCUGUUGUGCAACAUUCAUUGGUUGUUUGCUGCAAACAUGUUUCUUUGCACCACUGUGCUGACUGUAUAUAUGUUCAUACAACCCAACGUCUCAUACCGAUAAUAUCUUACAUAACAUGUUUUCCUUCGUCCGUAAUCUGUUUCCAGAUCAACCAUAUAACUUUAUACAUAAAUUAUACAUAGGAUACCUUUCAUGUGUUUCCUCUCUUUAUCCUGUAUCCAGAUCAACCAUAUAACUUUAUACGUAGGUAUCGUUCAUGGGUGUUUCCUCUCUUUAUCCUGUAUCCAGAUUAACCAGAUGGCUACAGCCCCUGAUUCCCAGCGUCUGAAGCUGCUGCGGGAGGUGGCAGGAACCAGGGUGUAUGACGAGCGCAAGGAAGAGUCCAUCUCCCUCAUGAAGGAAACGGGUACAGUAGUAGUAGAAGAAGAACCAAAGUCUCUCUAUAGGCCUACGAUGACAUCAUCUAAGACUGUUUUCACAUGCAUUCAGACACCAGAUCUAAACAGACGUAUUCUGAAUCACUACCUCAGAUGGGCUUUGAUUUAGACAAAUUCAAAGCGUGCCUUUAUCUACGAAAAAACUGUCGACUUUCAGACGUUACACACAAACAUUCAAAAUAAAUGCUACUCUUCCAAAUUAUUUACCAAGGAAAAGCUAUAUAAUUUAGUUCCCAGAAUAAGCAUCUCCCUUCCCUAUUACAAAUGGCCCUUGGUGGUGCCACCACACCUGUAGAUAUAACUGUAGACCUAGCUAACAUACUGGUACACUGUUUUUGUGUUUCCCCCAGAGGGUAAGAGGGAGAAGAUCAAUGAGCUGCUGAAGUACAUUGAGGAGCGUCUCCAGACCCUGGAGGAUGAGAAGGAGGAGCUGGCUCAGUACCAGAAGUGGGACAAGAUGAGGAGGGCUCUGGAGUACACCAUCUAUAACCAGGAGCUCAACGAGACACGCGCCAAACUGGACGAGGUAACAAGAAUACCCAAAAUAUUAUUGUUAAUGGAGUAUGGGUCAAGAAAUAAAUAUCAGUCAAAUCAAAUUUUAUUCACCAUGUGCACAGGAUGUCUAACAAAAAGUAACUUUCAGUUGGUAGAGGUUUGCUUUUGUGGUCUGGCCUUUCAAAUUCUUCCUUUUUAAAAUGGCAUUUGAGAUUUUUGAUUGCAUAGUUAACUGUUCUCUAAAUUGCGUUUUCUCUUUCAGUUGUCCUCCAAGAGAGAGACCUGUGGAGACAAGUCCAGACAUCUGAGAGACGCCCAGCAGGAUGCCAGAGACAAAGUAGAGGUAAGUGAUUCUGCAUACAGUAUUUGCCCAGAAUAGCUUGGAGUGUAAAUGGACCUGAUCAGCUUUUCACACUCCUGAGCCAAGCUGUACUGAGCUGGCCUGGUUACGCAUCCAUCCACCACAGUUCCUGUAACCGUGCUGAAAAGAACAAUGUGAAAAAGAAAAUAUCUGCUUCACCAUCAAUCUUGCAAAAAUCAUUUCUAUCUUAGGGCUCUUGUGUAUGCAAACCUGACCAGCUUUCUUUCUAUUUCCUCUACAGUCAGUGUCCAUCUAGUCUACAUGUUAUUCCUCUCUUCUCCUCCUCUUCCUCCCAUUGUAGGAGACGGAGCGGGUGGUACGUGAGAAGAAGUCUAAGAUCAGUGCCAUGAAGGAGGAGAAGGAGCAGCUGAGCUCAGAGAGACAGGAGCAGAUUAAACAGAGGACCAAGCUGGAGCUCAAAUCCAAAGACCUGCAGGAGGAGCUGGCCGGCAACAGCGAACAGAAGGUAGGGGAGCACAGUGUGUGUGGGGGGGAUGAGUGUGCGUGUCUGAGAGAGUGAGCAGGAUGUGUGUAGUUGGCGACAGUCAACCAAAGGUAACGGCCGGUCAGAAACCUCCUCAUCUGCGUCACUGUGUGUGGGUUUAGGUGUGUGUGUGACACACCAUCCCUCCAUCCUUACCUACCUACAUACGUACCUACCUCUCCAUCCCUCCAUUCUCGAACGGGAGCCUCUCCUUCUGCGUCAGUGAUAAUCCCCCCCCACACACCUCCAACACCCCCUACCUCUUAUUUUCUCCAUCCCUCCCCCUUCUUUUUCUCAGAGGGUAAGGACAGAAGCCUCUCCAUCUGCGUCACUGAUACACCACACCCCUCCAUCCCUCUCCCCCUACUGCUAGUCUUAACAUCCUCUCUCUCUCUCCCUCUCUCUCCAUCCCUGCAUCCCUUCAUCCUGGGCAGUGGCCCAAGGGUAGAGAUCUGGCCCCAAUCCCUGUGUGUGUUGCAGAUUAGACAGCAGCAUCUCAGCGAGUUUGGAUUAGGCCCACCUGGCCGGGAGAAUGUUGCAACAGCUUUUUUGUUAGCUUUGUUUUGUUGGGAUGGAUGGAGGGGGGCAGGGAGAGGGAAGUAGGGAGAGGGCGGGUGGGUGUACCUGCGUCAUCUGCCUUUCUGACUGCUGAGUGACAUGGUUCAAAGCAGACUUUAGGAAGCUCCCCCGGCAGCGUCGACGAAGGCAGCCCCCCGCACCUCUCUGAUUCAGAGGGGUUGGGUUAAAUGCAGAAGACACAUUUCGGUUGAAUGUAUUGUUGUGCAACUGACUAGGUAUCCCCCUUCCCUGAUGGUUGACAUAUCUAGUCAUCACGUGUACAGAUAAAAAAUGAUCUGCUGGUGUUUGAACUUAUUUCAGUGCUGACCCCACACACAUAUGAGUAUCCUCAAAUGCCUCCGAGUGUCACCCGUUGUCACCCGUAAUAAUAUAAUAAGCAUAAUAUUAAUAAUAAUAUGAUGAUAAUAAUAAUAAUAAUUGUAAUACUAUUAAUAAUCAUAUAAUCAUACUAUUAAUAAUAAUAAUAUAAUAAUAUAAUAAUAAUAAUAAUUAACUUAAUUAAUAACAAUAUGAUGAUGAUGAACUCCUCCUCCAGAAACGUCUGCUAAAGGAGCGUCAGAAGCUGCUGGAGAAGAUAGAGGAGAAGCAGAAGGAGCUGCAGGAGACUGAGCCCAAGUUCAACACUGUGAAGGAGAGGGAGGAGAGGGGCAUCGCCAGGUCUGUAGGAAAACCCCAUACUGCACAUUUUUAAAGAAUGAAUUCAUCAUUUUAUAGACAACAGCUUUUUAAUGUAUUAGUAAAAGGAUAUUUACUCAUUCCCCCCCUCGCUCCACCCAGACUUGCCCAGGCCACCCAGGAGAGAACUGACCUGUACGCCAAGCAGGGCCGAGGCAGCCAGUUCACUUCUAAAGAGGAGAGGGACAAGUGGAUCAAGAAGGAACUCAAGUCCCUGGACCAGGCCAUCAACGACAAGAAGAGGCAGAUUGCUGCCAUUCAUAAAGACCUGGAGGACACUGAGACCAACAAGGAGAAGAACCUGGAACAGUACAGUGUAUGGAACCUAACUCAUGACUCAUUAUACUAUAAUUCAAUUGGAACUAUUAUGGUUGAUUAUAUUGCCGUAAAAAUUAUUUUAUUUAAAUAGAACAUUUCGAUUCUGUUCUAGAUUUCACUCUGUUCUAUAAUUCUAGGGAUCAAGUUUAUAUCUGACUGAUCUGUUUUUUUCCCCCUGUAGAAACUGGACCAGGACCUGAAUGAGGUGAAGACCAGGGUGGAAGAGCUGGACAAGAAAUACUACGAAGUCAAGAACAAGAAGGACGAGCUGCAGAGCGAGAGAAAGUAAGAUCAUGAUCUAUCUUUUUUUCUUCUUUUUUUCCCCUCCCUUUUCCUCUUGUUUCUUUGGUUGAGUCAUUGCACUGUUAGGCCAAGAUAUUGAUUUGAACCUGUAAAUCUUUACUUCGUCUUCUCUCUUUUUUCUUUCUUUACUACUUUUUGCUCAAUGUUCAUUGAGUUGAGUCAUCAUUUGCUCUUUUAUAUAUUGAUUCUAACUUAUAAAUCGAAACUUUCUUUGCUCUUUUCUUUUUGUUCUUUUUUUAUUCCUCUUUGCUCAUUGAGUCAUCCUUUGCACUUUAAAUAUUGAUUUUACUUAGAAAAUAUGUAUUUCCUUUGCCUCUAAGACAAAACGAAGGCCUAUAGCCAUGACUCAACCUCCACCGUGUAAAAGGUUGGAUGGUUGUUCCCCGUUAAGACUUAUAUUCAGCUUCCGCCUGGCAACCGUUAGUUCCUUACCAGACUAUGGUCUGCUCUGCUGUGAAUGUCACCAUUACGUUUCCCUCUCCUCUCCUUAACAAUGGAAAGUUAUUUAUAACACUGUGAGAUGGAUGUUGGAUGUUGCCUGUAGCUUUGCUGCUGUGUGCUGUAGAGAAAGGCCUUGAGGUGCUGAGUUGUGUGAGGAGGAGGGAGAAGACCAGAGGCAGUGAAUAUAAUAUGGCAUAAUAGAGCUGCUCUUAAAAUUAAGGCAUUUUCCUUGAAAUGAUUCAACAAAUUUGCAUCUACAAUAUUUGCCCUGGCUGCAUAAUUUGGUACAUAGCCUUUUGGACUGAAUGACAAGUUAAUGCAUUGAACUACCAGUGUGUUUGUCUGUGCGCCUCCAACAGCUAUCUGUGGCGGGAGGAGAACGCUGAGCAGCAGGCCCUGGCAGCCAAACGAGAGGAGCUGGAGAAGAAACAACAGCUCCUUAGAGCAGCCACCGGCAAGGUCAGUGUGACGACCUUCUACCCAAUGAAACUCGCACCUUAACAUACAUAAUCAUAUCAUGCAUAUCAUCAUACUGCCACCGGCAAGGUCAAAAUAACCUAGUCCCCCCAUGGCGUUAGAUUGACCUAUGAGUCAUAUUAAUUAAAGAAGACCCACCUUCACCUCUACAUGAAUGUCCAUGUAAUCCAUAUCAUCCUACUGGCCUUAUGCUAAACCAUGUGUGGUAAUUCCAUUUAUCUAUGAAUCAAUGCCAGAUUAGAAAGGACACACACCUUCCCCUUUACACGUGAUCAUACUAGCCAUGUGGUAAAUCUUCUGAGUCAAUCUCAGAUUACAAAGGUCACACCUUUACGCACACACCCGUCCAUUCCUAUACUCCCCAAGGAGAAAGAAUACACACAUCUUCACACGGACACUCAUUUCCACACAUUUACUGUUUACUACCGGUCAUGUCAUUGGCCUGGUGUUACAGAUGUAUUAUUAUGUCCACACCAUGAAAUAAAGGCUACACACACAUGCCGUCGCACUACCUACUCAACCGAUGGUCGAUGGCUCAGCUUUAGCAAUGAUGAGUCAAACACUGUUGAAAAGCCAUCCCACCUGAACACUCCAAGUCUCACUUUGUGACUACAUUAUUAAGAAAAGAGAUAGAGGUAGUGAUUUUGUGACUCAACCAAUUAUUAGGGAAAGAAAUAGCCUAGAGGUAAGGAAAGUCAAACAAAGAAUCCCAUUUCUCCCCCAUUCUCUCCUAGCAGGCUACAGUGUAUGUCUAUGACUCAGCUGCUUAUUACUUUUUCAAUCACACUCUAAUCAGUCCUUUCUUCUAUCAAAAUCAAUCAGAAUCUCCACAAAAUGACGUUCUAUCAAAAUUCCCGAUGGUUACCCUGGUGAUUGCCGUCUUUACUUAGCUUGAGUGGUCCGGUCGAAGCUGACUCAUACAUCAUCACAGAGAGUACUUGUCUUUUGGACUGCAGAACGUAGAAAAUCACUAUUUACACGUACUUAGACUAGGGAUGGGCACGAUUAUUCAAAUAUCCAAAUGGACGCUAGUAUUCAAUCACUUGCGAGAGUAUUAAUUGUUGAGGGGAAAAAAUAAUAUAGGCCUAUUUUAAUUAAUACAUUAAAUUGUCUAUGUGACAUUGCUAUAUACAAAGAUAGACCACAACAUUUUAAUAAAACAACAGUUGGACAGUUUUUAUGAGUGAGCCCCCUAAAAAAGACGUACCGGUAGCCUACACACUUUUUCACGCGUGUAUAUUAUUGUCGGUCAAUCAAAGCAACACUAAUGUCAGAGGCUCCAUGUGUAGCAAGAGAAGUGGCCAGGCACGACUCCAACACCAUCAUUAAGUUUGCCGACGACACAACAGUGGUAGGCCUGAUCACAAACAACGAUGAGACAGCCUAUAGGGAGGAGGUCAGAGACUUGGCCGUGUGGUGUCAGGACAACAACCUCUCCCUCAACGUGACCAAAACAAAGGAGAUGAUUGUGGACUACAGGAAAAAAAAGAGGACUGAGCACGCCCCCAUUCUCAUCGACGGGGCUGUAGUGGAACAGGUUGAGAGCUUCAAGUUCCUUGGUGUCUACAUCACCAACGAACUAUCAUGGUCCAAACACACCAAGACAGUCGUGAAGAGGGCACGACAAAGCCUAUUCCCCCUCAGGAGACUGAAAAGAUUUGGCAUGGGUCCUCAGAUCCUCAAAAAAUUCUACAGCUGCACCAUCGAGAGCAUCCUGACUGGUUGCAUCACCGCCUGGUAUGGCAACUGCUUGGCCUCCGACCGCAAGGCACUACAGAGGGUAGUGCGUACGGCCCAGUACAUCACUGGGGCCAAGCUACCUGCCUUCCAGGACCUCUAUACCAGGCGGUGUCAGAGGAAGGCCCUCAAAAUUGUCAAAGACUCCAGCCACCCUAGUCAUAGACUGUUCUCUCUGCUACCGCACGGCAAGCGGUACCGGAGUGCCAAGUCUAGGUCCAAAAGACUUCUCAACAGCUUCUACCCCCAAGCCAUAAGACUCCUGAACAGCUAAUCAUGGCUACCCGGACUAUUUGCACUGCCCCCCCACCCCAUCCUUUUUACGCUGCUGCUACUCUGUUAAUUAUUUAUGCAUAGUCACUUUAACUCUACCCACAUGUGCAUAUUACUUCAACUACCCCAACUAGCCGGUGCCCCCGCACAUUGACUCUGCACCGGUACCCCCCUGUAUAUAUAGCCUCCCUACUAUUAUUUUAUUUUACUUCUGCUCUUUUUUUCUCAACACUUUUUUUGUUGUUGUUUUAUUUUUACUUUUUUUGUUAAAAAUAAAUGCACUGUUGGUUAAGGGCUGUAAGUAAGCAUUUCACUGUAAUGUCUGCACCUGUUGUAUUUGGCGCAUGUGACCAAUACAAUUUUAUUUUAUUUGAUUUGAAGUGGGAGAUUUCUAAUCAAUUCAAAAUGGAAUUGCAAUUACGGAAUUAAGUUGGCUAAAUGAGGAGGAUUAGGCUACAAUGAUGAACCAACGGGUAGGCUGUUUUAAUAUGAAUUUAGUUGUUGUAGACAAGGACGUGGGGAUCAAAACAAAUGUUUUCUUUAAAACGCAUCUAUUUCGACUUUCCGAAUAUCUGAAAAAGAAUUCAUGAUAUUAUUCGAAUAGUGAAAUCUUUUCAAAUGCCCAUCCCUAAUGAAGACACUGGUAUGAUGCCACAGAUAAAUAUGCAUUUAAAAAGUGUUGACAUGUUUCUUAAGGUAAAUAUUGUUGUUUUUGUCCCCACUAGGCCAUUCUGAACGGUAUUGACAGCAUCAACAAGGUGCUGGAGCAUUUCCGCAGAAAGGGGAUCAACCAGCACGUCAUCAACGGUUACCAUGGCAUUGUCAUGAACAACUUUGAGUGUGAGCCCGCCUUCUACACCUGUGUGGAGGUCACCGCGGGAACCAGGUGAGUGACAGGCUCUUUUUCAAUAGUAUUUUUUUGGAAUUCCUUAUGUCGUUUCUAUUCGCCUGGAUUGGAGAACACAUUGGAUGAGAAGAUCAGAGUUUCUUCCUCUCUGACCAUCUCCAAUGGGUUUUGAGAAGGAGCCGGGGAGAGGACACGGUGAAUCGUGGAAAGACCGUUGAGAAAGCCAGAGAGAAGCUUGUUUCCUCAAUGCAAAAGUAACUGUUACUCAAACUUGUCGGCUCAAAUAAUCCUUCAUGUCCCCCUCCCUACCAGGUUGUUCUACCACAUAGUGGAGACAGACGAGGUGAGCACCAAGAUCCUGACGGAGUUCAACAAGAUGAACCUGCCUGGAGAAGUCACCUUCCUGCCCCUCAGCAAGCUGGACGUCAGGGACACCGCCUACCCUGAGACCAACGUAAGGGAAUAUUAUUGAAUGGAAUAGUCCUAAAAGUGUAAAACCCCCCCCCCCCCCCCCCAAGUAAAAAACAAAAAAACCACACCUCCAAAUACUGUACUCUAUAUUUGACCCAGGCCUGCUAUGACUUAGGGUGGUCAAAGAGCGUUAAACUGACCUAUUUGUCCUCUCCCUCUCUCCUUUAGGAUGCCAUCCCCAUGAUCAGCAAGCUGCGCUACAGCCAGCAGUUUGACAAGGCCUUCAAGCACGUGUUUGGAAAGACCCUGAUCUGUCGUAGCAUGGAGGUGUCCACCCAGCUGGCCAGGGCAUUCACCAUGGACUGUAUAACGCUGGAGGGUAGGUAUCGGCUUACAUGAUCAAGAUGACAAUUAAUGUAAAUGACACCAAUUAUUGUCCUCCUUUUACAGUCUAUGCUCAAGUAGCUAGAGGUGUCUUGGUGUAAAUUUGGAAGUGUUUUUGUUGUGUGUGUGCGUUGAGAUCACUGGUGUUUUUCUGCUGCAGAGGUGACCAGCACAGUGCAUACCAGUUAGUGUGUUGUGGGACAGUUCAUUUUUUUAUUUGUAGAUCUGUUAUUUUUCUGGUGUGUGAUUUGUACUUUUUUUGUGUUCUUUUUGUUCUAUAUAUUUUCUUGUUACUGUGUCUCUCAGGUGACCAGGUGUCCCACCGUGGGGCGCUGACGGGGGGUUACUAUGACACCAGGAAGUCGCGUCUGGAGCUGCAGAAGGACAUGAGGAAGGCUGAGGAGGAGCUGGGAGAGCUGGAGGCCAAACUCAACGAGAACCUCCGCAGGAACAUCGAACAUAUCCUUUAACUCCAUUGUUAGUUGGUUGGUUCAUUGGUUCACACAGAUCCUCCCCUAGUCCUCUAAACUAGAGACCCAAACUGAUUCCAGGUUUCUGUUUUCCCCUCUUACUUCAGGUUUUCACAUUCAAAAUCGCACUUAAAGAAGGAAAACAACAAUAAUAAACAUUUGUAUUUGGGUGUAGUUACCUUUUCAUUCUAGUGGCACCCAGCAAUUGGCUGUUUAGCUGUGGUUUUGUAGCGCACCUGAUAGUAGAGUUUGCAAAACAAAUACUGAUGCAAAUCGUAUUCUGCCAGGUAAGCAUAGGCUAUUUUGUAGUUAACGUUUUAAUUGCGAAGGUUUUUGGGAGAGCCUUUCCGUCUACCAGAAGACUUCACUAGCAUCAUCGCUAACAGCUACACAAAGUGGUAGGUGCGCACCGCACAUACAGACGGGGAAUUAUUGUUGCCUCUUCAGAACGUUGCAGGAAAUAUUAAUCUGAUGCAUUCUAUUCAUGUAUUAUGAUAGACUUGGGCUAAUUAAUACAUUUUCCAUAAAUGUAGUUGAUUCCCUACUAAGUUCAAUACGUUUUUUCAAUAUUGUUGAAUUCCGUUUUAAUGUCUGGAUUCCAUGAUUCCGUCCACGUUCUCAGCAUCGCGUAUUUUAUAGGCCCUAUAUUUGAUUCUGAUUAGUCAGGAAUACAGGCUCAGUCUAGUGUGUCGUACUCUACCUCAACUCCCAACCAUUGGCUGGUCCCCUACAGUGGACCUGCAGUGAGUCAGACACCAGAGAUACGAAUAUGCUAUUUUAGUCCUAAAUACAGGGACUCAGUAGGUGAUGGUGUGUUGUCCUCUCUCUCAGGCUCUGGCGCUAAAUUGGAGGAGAUUUUAAUGUGUAAAGAUGAACAUGUUUCGUAUUGAAAUGGGUGUGAUAGUGUGUGGUGUUUCAUGUCAUUUAGUUGUGAAACAUGUUAAGUAGGUAAUGGAGUGUCAUGUUUUCCUCUCCCUGAGUCUCUGGAGGUUAUGUGUGAUUGGCUGGUUAGAGGGGAUUUCAUGCAGCCAGAUUAUGUCUUGAACCCAGCAGGAAGGAGGAGGUGUGUAUGGGUGGAUGUUGGAGGUUGACAAAUGGGAUAAUAUGGGUGUGUGAUCAAGCCAAAGAGGAUUAGAGAGAAAGAGGUCUCAGAGGGCAAUGCUGUGUCACUAGUAUCAGGCAGCACAGCCCAGCGGCCCCUUAGACACACUGAGGAGAUUAUUGAAUGUGUCCAUGAAUGAGUGAGUGUGGGUGGAUGGCUAAGCUGAUGACAUGGCGUUGCGCGUUUGUUUGAGUGCACCUGUGUGUGUGGGCGGAUGGCUUGAGUUGAUUGUUGACAUGGCGUCACUCCUGUAAGCCCCCAGCAUUGAGUCAGAGGUUCAAUCAAUGAUUUUAAAGCAUGUUUUUUUUAUCUACACCACCUCUGGCCCUAGGUAAGCUUGCCAUUAGGGAGAUGCCUGUCUGCUUUAUUUUAAGUCGGUCUUUAAAGGGGCAAUCUGCAGUUGCUACAUACUUUUUUGACUUAUUAAUUAUGUGUACCCAUUGAUUCUUGAACAAUAUAACUUAUGAAUGCCUCAACUGUCAUACGCCAUCAGAACCCAAACUAUAUGUUUGUUUACAAACUUUGGAGAAAAACUAAGUAAAUGUAAAUAACACUAUAUACCUUCAAAACAUGGUUACAACUAUAAUGUUGAUAUCAUGGAUGGUCAGUCCUUGCAUCCAUAGCUCUGUCAAUUAAUUUGAGAGUGGUUGCAUUCCUCCAGCCCCUCAGCUUUGUACAGAAACGGGUGCGGGGAGGACACUUUGUUAUUGUUUAAACUGCUGAUUACCGAUUGAAAUGAAUAGAAAACGGAAGCUCUAGUUUUGGGUGAUUUGAGUAACCAAUACAAUGUUACAUGCUUUGAGCCUCUCCAAAUCCUAAAAACCAACCAAUCAAUAUAUAAAUCGAACAAUGAUAUCCAUAAUGUAUGAAGUAUGUUCCUUAACCCUCCCCUGUACAUAUCAACAUGAGAUCUAUAGGUUAUAUUUGUGUAUAAAGUAUGUUCCUUAACCCUGCAUCACGUAUCAACAAUGAGAUCUAUAGGUUAUAUAGGUUCUAUUUAAGCAAUUUAAUGCCAGAGGGGGUAUGGUAUAUGGCCAAUAUACCACAGCUAAGGGCUGUUCUUAAGCGCGACACAACGAGGAGUGCCUGGACACAGCCCUUAGUCGUGGUAUAUAUCACAAACCAUAUAUCACAAACCUCAGAGGUGCCUUAUUGCUAUUAUAAACUGGUUACCAACAUAAUUAGAGCAGUAAAAAUAAAUGUUUUGUUAUAUACUACGGCUGUCAGCCAAUCAGCAUUAAGCGCUCGAACCACCCAGUUUAUAAUUGCUUAUAAAGUAUGUUCCUUAACCCUGCAUCACGUAUCAACAAUGAGAUCGACCAGCUGAUGAACCAGAUGCAGCAGAUUGAGACCCAGCAGAGGAAGUUCAAGGCCUCCAGAGACUCCAUCCUGUCUGAGAUGAAGAUGCUCAAGGAAAAGAGGCAGCAGUCCGAGAAGACAUUCAUGCCGAAGGUAGGGUUGAUUUGGACUUCAAUAUGACUCUUGGUUUCUAUCGGGCCCUAUUCAAGGAAAUCCUGAAUCAAAUGUAGCCGUAGUUGACUGAAUCGGACCUCGAUCCAGUUCAACAUUUUGACAAAAAAUGUCAGAUUGUUUUGAUAUUUAGAUUCAGAAAAGUACCAUACACAUCCAAGAGGAUGAUAAGGGUGUAUUUUUAUACCCUACAAAUUAGAGGUAUUAUGCUACCAUGGCAAGCACCCCACCUUUUUACAUUUGAGAUUCAUGCAGCAGUCUGAGAAGACAUUCAUGCCUAAUGUAGCCUACAUUUAUAUUGCUAACUUUAUGAUUGUUGCUGAAUAAUCUCUAUCUUGACUUGAUACUAUGCCUGUCUUCUUCUGUCUAGACUUCUCUUGAACAUGCAGUCCACCAGUUGAACACAUUAACACAUUGCUGCACUGUACUAGCAUAAACUGUGCCUGUGCCUGCUGCUUGCAAACCAAAUGUCAUCUUUUGGGCAUUGACAAAGUAAUUUCAACCCAUUCAAUCUCUCCCCACAGCAAUGUUCUCUGCAUUCUCUAGAGGCUAGUCUUCAUGCCAUGGAGUCCACCGGUUAAUGUACUAUCCACUCAUCCUUACCUCUCUUAUCUCCUCACAGCAACGCUCUCUCCAGAGUCUGGAGGCCAGUCUCCAUUCCACGGAGUCCACCCUGUAACUCUUCCUCUUCUCUAACUAUCUCUCCUCUGUUUUCUCCUCACAGCAACGCUCUCUGCAGUCUCUAGAGGCCAGUCUCCAUGCCAUGGAGUCCACCAGGGAGUCUCUGAAGGCUGAGCUGGGGACAGACCUGCUCUCUCAGCUCAGUCUGGAGGACCAGAGACGUGUGGACGAUCUCAACGACGAGAUCAGACAGCUGCAGCAGGUAAGGAGACAGUUAAUGAAGGACUACAGGGGGAACAAGUUUAAACAUGGAACUAUGUGUGGAUGUAUGGUUGUAUGUGGAGUUUGAAUGGCUGGAUAGCUGGAUGGUUUUACCUCCUGUUAAGACCUCAACGUCGAGAUCAGACCGCUCCAACAUCUAAACAUUACAGCUAGAGACAGGGAACAAGUUUAAAUGGGGCGCAGAUUAUAUCUAAAUAUUGUCAAGACCUAAUACAGACAGUGAGUGAAUGAAUGAAUACCGGAAGUUCAUUUGAUUCUAAUUUAUCACUCUGACCCUCAUGAAAGACGAAAAUGAUGGGUUAUGAUCAUUUCACUGUCUUCCAUUGUUAUGUCAUACCUGGAUUGUCUUUGCCUUUUGAUACAAAAGCACACAAACACCCUCAGACUCAGUCAAUUUUUGAGUUGAGUGCUAGCUAGCUGCAGUGGUGUGGGCACUGACUUCACAGCCAUCCACAUACACACACACUGCCAGCUGCUCACAAUGAGCCACCUCAGCCGUUCUAUCUGCUAACGUUAUGCAACCGUCCCGAUAUAGAAAUAGACUCUCAUGUUCUGUACAGGAGUAGGUAGACUGGCCGUGACCCUCCGUCUCCUCUCUCUCCUCUCCCUCGCUCUCUCUUUCUCUCCACGCCUGCAGUUCUUUUCAUUUAAUUUGGUUCUCUAAAUUCAUUUUUCUUUCUUUCUCAUAAAGGCUCAUUUGUUUGGUGUGUGUGUGGGGGGGUUACACUCUUCUUUUUUCCCCCUCAUCUAUUCUAUUACGAACAGAGUCUCUCUCUCUCUCUGAAAUGUGUUCUAUAUUUUGUUAUGAAAGAUGAGGACAUGAAUGUAGAACAACAAACAUGAUUGUUGUGUUUGUGUGAUGUAUUGUUGUAUGAAAGGAGACAAUUCUUCAUGUUAUCUUUGUGUUUGUAGGACAACAGGCAGCUGCUGAAUGAGAGGAUCAAGCUGGAGGGGAUCAUGACCAGGGUGGAGACGUACCUCAAUGAGAACCUACGGAAACGCCUCGACCAAGUAGAACAGGUAUGGUGUUACACAAUGUGCAAAACAAAACCUAGAACACUUCCAGUUCCACAGUAGAGGUACGGUUCAAAAAUUCUCAGAACAGAACCAAGAACGGGUCCGGUUCCAGAAUGUCCAGAUGGCAACCUAGAACAGGUAGAAUUCCAGAAUAUCCAGAUGGCAACCUAGAACAGGUAGAAUUCCAGAAUAUCCAGAUGGCAACCUAGAACAGGUAGAAUUCCAGAAUGUCCAGAUAGCAACCUAGAACAGGUAGAAUUCCAGAAUGUCCAGAUGGCAACCUAGAACAGGUAGAAUUCCAGAAUGUCCAGAUAGCAACCUAGAACAGGUAGAAUUCCAGAAUGUCCAGAUGGCAACCUAGAACAGGUAGAAUUCCAGAAUGUCCAGAUAGCAACCUAGAACAGGUAGAAUUCCAGAAUGUCCAGAUAGCAACCUAGAACAGGUAGAAUUCCAGAAUGUCCAGAUGGCAACCUAGAACAGGUAGAAUUCCAGAAUGUCCAGAUAGCAACCUAGAACAGGUAGAAUUCCAGAAUGUCCAGAUGGCAACCUAGAACAGGUAGAAUUCCAGAAUGUCCAGAUAGCAACCUAGAACAGGUAGAAUUCCAGAAUGUCCAGAUGGCAACCUAGAACAGGUAGAAUUCCAGAAUGUCCAGAUGGCAACCUAGAACAGGUAGAAUUCCAGAAUGUCCAGAUGGCAACCUAGAACAGGUAGAAUUCCAGAAUGUCCAGAUAGCAACCUAGAACAGGUAGAAUUCCAGAAUGUCCAGAUGGCAACCUAGAACAGGUAGAAUUCCAGAAUGUCCAGAUGGCAACCUAGAACAGGUAGAAUUCCAGAAUGUCCAGAUGGCAACGUAGACCAAGUUGGAGAGCAUUCAGAAGGAAGACCAAGAUACACUCAAUACAGAUGAUGACCAAAAUGGCACAGGACAUCCAUUCAAACACCAACUGAAGCAUGUAUCAACGUCAUGUGACGUCCCUGUGGUUCUUACGUCACCUUUAUGUAGUACUUAUAAAUACUUUCUUUCUGAAAUGAGGGCCUUGUGAAAUUCAUUAGGAUUGCUAAUAGUCUACCCUUCUUGCCCCUGUUAUCUUGUUGGAGCUGAACAAGCACAGAGAGACAGAGAAAGCAGGGCACAGUGGUUAAGUCAUCUAUGUAGUGCUUAUGAAUGCAUUAUAACACCUUUGUGAAGUGUAUUCUUUCCCCUGUGCUCCUGUAGGACAGUGGUAUUCAAACUUCUUCAGCGGGGAUCACAUUAUUUCCACCAGAAUUUCUGGGGACCCCAUUCUUUUCAGUCUUGUGACCUCACCCCAAAUAUUGACACAACCGUAAAAUCGGUACAUUUACAUUUUUACAUCAACAAAUAACCUUAAAUACAUUAAAAUUUCAUCUCUUAUCAAAAUCAAAAUAAACCAAUAAAUAAAUGUACUCAAUAAAAUAAAUUCAAAUUAUCUUUCUCAAAAACGUUUUUGUAUAUUGUCCCAUACAAUAGUCUGUAUUCUUAAUUUUUUGCUCCCGAAUAUGUUUUUUUUUUUGGCGACCCCACUGCAGUUCCCUGACUUUGAAUACAGCUGCUGUAUGAGCUGAGAGAGACAUAGGGAAGCUCUCUAGCUGUUAAGUCAUGUUUAUGUAGUGCUUGUGAAUGCGUUUAACUCCUUAUUAACUUCUUUCUCCAUGUGAUCGUGUAGGAGUUGAAUGAGCUGAGAGAGACUGAGGGAGGCACUAUGCUCACAGCCACCUCCUCAGAGCUGGAGGGAAUCAACAAACGCAUCAAAGAUACACUGGCACGCUCAGAGGGUAGGUCACACACACACACACACACACACACACACACACACACACACAUACACACACACAUAGAAAGAAUGGAGCUCACAUUAAGUAUUGUUUUGGUCUCUCUUGAACAGUAGUACAUUAUUUGACCUGAAUUGAUGGAAACCUACACACAAUCAACAAUAUCAAUAACGGUACAAUUGCUACAUCUUCAAAGUGCCAACGUUUUUUAAAUAGUAUCUGUCCCUAUUCCUCCCCCAGACCUGGACGUGUUGAUCGACAAGGCGGAGAUUGAGGUCAAGGAUCACGCCAAGAGCAUGGACCGCUGGAAGAAUGUAGAGAAGGAACAGAACGACGCCAUCAACCAUGACACCAAGGAGCUGGAGAAGAUGACCAACCGACAGGUCUGCCUUUUGAAUCUUCAGCUAUAUUAGAAUUCAGUGUUUCCAUUAUUUUGGCAGUUAUCUGUAGAUUGGGGGUAAGGCCCUGCGAUAGACUAGCAUUCUGCCAAGUGGGUGUACAGAAACAGGAGAUGGGCUCCUACUCCUAUGAGCUGUUCUGGCUCGCACAAACCAAGGCUACUUACUGUACUUUAUUAGGAUGCCCAUUGGCUGACGCCAUGACGCCAUGACGACCGCUAAUCUUCCUGGGGUCCAUACACAUGACUAAAAAUACAUUACGGACAUAAGACUUGACAAUGUACAUUGAAAGGAGACUGUAGUAGACAUUACAAACAUUUGAUAAGCAGACAUUGAACAGGUUAAAAUACCUGACGGGUAACACAUUUAACAUUCAAGCAUUGUCUUUUAAUGUGUUCAGAUCAGUGUUAUUGAUCCUGGUGUUGUCUCUGUGAUCAUUGCUGAUGCUGUGGUAAUAAAGGACUGUUGCUACUACUAUACUACUAAGGCCAUAAUGCUACUGUUACUACUCCUACUACAGGGCAUGCUGCUGAAGAAGAAAGAGGAAUGUAUGAAGAAGAUCAGGGAGCUGGGGUCCUUACCACAGGAGGCCUUCGAGAAGUACCAGACCCUCACUCUCAAACAGGUGAAUACACACUCACUCACUCACUCACUCACUCACUCACUCACUCACUCACUCACUCACUCACUCACUCACUCACUCACUCACUCACUCACUCUCUUGGGAUAAACACACACACACUCUCUCUCUCUAGGAAUAAACACACACACACUCUCUCUCUCUCUAGGAAUAAACAUACACAUACUCUCUCUGUCUCUCUCUCUCUAGGAAUAAACACACACGGACACACUCUAGGGAUAAACCUACACACGUACACAUGCUUAACAAACAAACACACAUGCUAUAGGUAAACACAUUCUCUCUCUCUGGGCUCCCUGUCAUGUCUUUGAUUAGCAGCCAAAGGCCAACAGUCACGACGACAAUCAUCUCAGAAAGCCUCCUCAUCGCUCGACCGAGGGGCCAGGGCCUGGUCACACACACACGGCUGAGACACCGCCCACCCACUCACACACGUAUGAAAGCAGCAGCAGUCACCUCACUGUGACUCAGACACCUAGUUUGCCGGCUCCCGCCGCCAGACGCCCCUGGGCACCUCCGUGUGUGUCAAGUGGGCUGCCGGCUCGUCUCUCAUAAGUGUGUGUGUGGGUGUGUUUCUCCUUGACAAGACUAGAAAUAUCCCAUACUUCGUGAUGAUGAACGUUAGCUUCCUUAAUCUUUCUCCCCAAGACAUUGAGUCUUGAUUAGCCGUCCAGGUCAGAUAGUGGAUUCUAAUACAGAAGUGGAUGAAGCCAAAGGAUAAUAAUAUACCUCUUAUACAGCUUAUCUCUGUGAUAGGUCUCUUGACUUGACAUAGAAACUGAAGAAUAUUAAUCGUUUUUUGAGUGUUUUGAAGGAAUACGUGUCAGUUGGGAUUAUGGUUAUUUCAACUCCUCAUACUCCUCUUCAAGUGAUGAUUAUUAGAAAUAUCAUUUUAGGCACUUUGCCAUCAGGAGCUUUUCACUUGAAAUUCAACUAACGUGUAUGUCUAAUACAGCAUGCAUAGUAACGUGUUACCUUGCCGCUUCAUCCAAAUGUUCCUCCCCACAAGUGGUUCUGUAAACUGAAGUCGUGCAACACAGAGCUGAAGAAGUACAGCCACUUGAACAAGACGUUUUUAAUGUUACCCUAACGCUCUUUCGCCCUCUUCUCCCUCCCUCUGUAGCUGUUCCGGAAGCUAGAGCAGUGCAACACAGAGCUGAAGAAGUACAGCCAUGUAAACAAGACGUUUUUAAUGUUACCCUAACGCUCUUUUGCCCUCUUCUCCCUCCCUCCCUCCCUCUGUAGCUGUUCCGGAAGCUAGAGCAGUGCAACACAGAGCUGAAGAAGUACAGCCAUGUAAACAAGAAGGCCCUGGACCAGUUUGUCAACUUCUCUGAGCAGAAGGAGAAGCUGAUCAAGCGUCAGGACGAGCUGGAGCGAGGACACAAGUCCAUCAUGGAGCUCAUGAACGUCCUGGAGCUCAGGAAGUACGAGGCCAUCCAGCUCACAUUCAAACAGGUACGUUGUCCUCAACUUCACUCUUUUAACAAGUACCUAACCUCUUCAUUAGGGGAAAGAGGUACGCUUCAUCCCUUGAGUCAAAACCUCAAUCAAGUCUCAAAUUGGUAUGCUUUCAACCUGAUUUAGGUCUCAGAUAGACCGUGACUCUGAAUUUGGCCUUCUGCACAUACACCUGUACCCCUGAGCAAGGUCUCAAUCAGAUAGACUUCAACCCCCCCGAAUAAGUCAUUAUCCUUCAACAGGAGAAAUGUUCAUGAUUUAACCAUAUGAAACUCAAGACCCCAAAUGUAGGACACGGUUGUUGAGUUCUGUCUGCAUGAGUUCAAUCAAGCACAUUCCCAUUGCUGGAUUGAUAAUAGUAGUUUUUACUUAUAAGCGCUUUUCAUUUUACAGUAAUAAUCUACGUUCCAAAGUGAAUAACCAUAUCAUGACUAAUUCCAUCUUUCCUCUCCUCAGGUGUCUAAGAACUUCAGUGAGGUUUUCCAGAAGCUGGUUCCGGGGGGCAAGGCCACCCUGGUGAUGAAAAAGGGUGACACGGAGGGGGGUCAGUCCCAGGACGAGGGGGAGGGGGGCACCGACAGCGAGAAGGGCUCAGGCUCUCAGAGCAGUGUGCCCUCUGUAGACCAGUUCACCGGAGUCGGCAUCAGGGUAAGAGUGUUUGUGCGGGUGUGUGUGUUUGUUUGAGAGCGAACACGAGAACCACGAGAGAGAUUUGUGAUAAAUAGUGAAAAUGUCAUAUGUACUCCGAAGAGCUUUUUGAUUAUUUUUUAGUUGUUGCCUCUUUUACACAGAAAGUAAGAAUGGGCAAUAAAUUAUGAGUUUCAUUAUUGAGUGUAUCACAUCAUCCUAGUUUGCUGUUGCUCAUGUCAUUUUUUUCUUCCUAAUAAAAAAAAAAGUUCAUGUUCUAUCAUAUCUCCAGGAAUUUUUUAUUUUUUUUAGGAACUCAGUUGGGAUCUUAACUUAAUGUUGGAAGUUAGAAUAGUAGAAUACACAAGUUGCAAUUUCGAAAUGUGGUUAGGCAUCAUCUGUUUGCGCGCAAUACCCUAUACCUCCGUGGCAUCACCCUAUACCUCCGUGGCAUCACCCUAUACCUCCGUGGCAUCACCCUAUACCUCCGUGACAUCACCCUAUACCUCCGUGGCAUCACCCUAUACCUCCGUGGCAUCACCCUAUACCUCCGUGGCAUCACCCUAUACCUCAGUGGCACCACCCUAUACCUCCGUGGCACCACCCUAUACCUCAGUGGCAUCACCCUAUACCUCCGUGGCAUCACCCUAUACCUCAGUGGCACCACCCUAUACCUCCGUGGCACCACCCUAUACCUCCGUGGCACCACCCUAUACCUCAGUGGCAUCACCCUAUACCUCCGUGAUAUCACCCUAUACCUCCGUGGCAUCACCCUAUACCUCCGUGACAUCACCCUAUACCUCAGUGGCACCACCCUAUACCUCAGUGGCACCACCCUAUACCUCCGUGGCAUCACCCUAUACCUCCGUGGCACCACCCUAUACCUCAGUGGCCACCUAUACCUCCGUGCAUCACCCUUACUCGUGACAUCACCCUAUACCUCCGUGACAUCACCCUAUACCUCCGUGGCAUCACCCUAUACCUCAGUGGCAUCCCCUAUACCUCAGUGGCAUCACCCUAUACCUCGUGGCAUCACCUAUACCUCGUGGCAUACUAGUACUCAGUGGCAUCCCGUACUCAGUGGCAUCACCGUACCUCAGUGGCAUCACCACCUCGUGGCCACCUAUACUCAGUGGCACACUAUACUAGUGCACCACCAUACCCCAGUGGCAUACCCAUACCUCAGUGGCACCACCCAUAACUCGUGCAUCACCCUAUACUCAGUGCACACCAUACUCAUUGGCAUCACCCUUCCAGUGGCACACCUUUUACCUCAGUGGCUACCCUAUACUCAGUGGCACCACCCUAUACUGUUCUGGCACCACCUCAACUCAGUGGCCACCUAUACUCAGUGCAUCACCCCGUACCCCAGUAGCAUCACCCCGUACCUCAGUGGCAUCAUCUUCAUGUGUGCAAGACUAGUUGAGAUGGGCGUUGUUCAAGGAGAGAGAGACAGUCGGACAUUGCAGCACUUCGCCAUUGUAUUAGUUGGGAUUUGGUUAAAUCGCAGUGGAUCGAAUCAUGUGAAUCAAAAUAAUAAUUUGAAUCGCGAACAUUUAAUUUUACGACAUAUUUGAUUCCGCCUUUCUUUUUAAUUAUAUGGCUUCAAAACGUGUUUUGUUGAUACUUUCAGUUGAUUUGGGCAUCCAAUGUUUGGGACAUUGCAACUCAAUAGUUUAUAGUCUGCGUGUAAAAUAAACACUUCUAAGAUAAAUAUGACUAAACUCGAAAAGGUACAUUUCCUGAAAAAUAUUUGUGGGCUUGCCAUUUGAUCUUUGGUAUAUUGAAUGAGCAAAUUAUUUUAAAAGGCAUAAAAUGUAUUUGGUUGUAAUGUUGCAAUAUUUUACAUCAAGGGUGGUCAACCAUCCUCCAGGAGAGCUAAUGGGUGUUCAGGCUUUUAUUCCUGUCCCCCGCUUAACAAACCACCAUUUUAGAAAUGAGCUGCUCAACCGGACCUUGAUAAACUGGCUCAGAUGGGUUUGAGCAGGGCUGGAUCAAAAGCCUGCACAUCCAGUAGCUCUCCAGACUGAGGGUUGACCACGUGUUUUAUACAGUUGCCUAACAGGUAUUCUGCUUGUGGGGGGUUAAGUGCCUUGCACAACAACAGGAGAUGGUACAUGAGAUCAGAGAGCAGCCUCCCAGUGUCGAUACCACAUUACUUUUUUAUACAUACAUAGAGACGACGCCAAUUGUUGGUCAUGGAAAUUUUGUUAAAAGUCAUGAAAUUCGAUCUGUCAAAAUUCCACUGGAAAACCUCCCUGGUCUUUGUGGUUGAAUCUGUGUUUGAAAUUCACUGCUCGACUGCGGGACCUUACAGAUAAUUGUAUGUGUGGGGUACAGAGAUGAGGUAGUCAUUCAAAAAUCAUGUUAAAUGCUAUUAUUGCACACACAGUGAGUCCAUGCAACUUGUUGUGACUUUUAAGCACAUUUUUACUCCUUAACUUAUUUAGGCUUGCCAUAACAAAGGGGUUGAAUACUUAUUGACUCAAGACAUUUCAGCUUUUCAUUUUUUAUUAAUUUGUUAAAAAAAAUCAUUCCACUUUGACAUCAUGGUGUAUUGUGUGUAGGCCAGUGAUACAAAAUCUCAAUUGAUUCCGUUUUUAAAUUCAGGGGGAAAAGUCAAGGGGUGUGAAUACUUUCUGAAGGCACUCUGUGUAUAUACUUUUCAAUAAUAUUCCACAUUUGUUUCUCUCCUCUUGCCCCCUCCAGGUGUCGUUCACGGGGAAGCAGGGGGAGAUGAGGGAGAUGCAGCAGCUCUCUGGAGGUCAGAAGUCCCUGGUGGCCCUGGCCCUCAUCUUCGCCAUCCAGAAGUGUGACCCCGCUCCUUUCUACCUGUUUGACGAGAUUGACCAGGCCCUGGACGCACAGCACAGGAAGGCUGUCUCAGGUAAUAACACCACUAGCAUAUUUUAUACAACACAACCACUCACAGACGGCCUCCCUUGGAUAAGAAGAGAUGGGAUAAUGAAGAAUUCCAGAAUUUUUCUGACUUGAAUAAGUGUGUUGAAUUUACAGCUUUCUGUCUUGAUUUUCAAUGUUCGUCCAGCCACAACCCUUGUCUGGCUACCCAAACUCCUUGCUCCGGCCAAAUGCUACGCCACGCCCAUAGACGUUAGUUUAUUCUCCGCAAUGAGUCUGGAUCUGAGUACCUCCCAACGAUUUCUAGAACGCAAACACAUUCUAAUCGUUCUGAUUGGUCCCAGAAACCGAUGGGUUGGGCCAGAGCCAGAACACACGUGGGCAAAGCAACAAUUUGAACAUUCGUCAUUGGCUUUGAUAGUCUGAUUGGUUAGAAAUGAUCCAAUCACUGAUGACUUUGUUUUGUACAACACCCAUCAUUUUGAUGUCACCACAAACGACUUCUAUGAUGGCAGUCUGACUGAAGGAUGUAGAGCAGUGGAAGAAUUCAGUUUGAGUUGUCAGACAACCACAACCCUUCAACAAGCAUGAAGAAAUGUAAGCAUUUAUAACAUAUCUAUAAAUCUCUUAUCAGUGUGUAAUGUGUGUUCCAGAUAUGAUUGUAGAGCUGGCGGGCCAUGCCCAGUUUAUCACCACUACAUUCAGACCUGAGCUUCUGGAGUCAGCUGACAAGUUCUACGGAGUCAAGUUCAGAAACAAGGUGAAGUUCCUUAAAAGUUUAUACGUUGGUCCACAUCGGUAUGAAUGCGUGGGUACUGGUUACUCACUCACUGGCUAGUUUUAGACUUGUUUAAUACCCUCUGGCAUUCAGAGACGUGAAAAAUAUGUUUCAUAAGAUGAUUGACUCAGUGGAACUCAGACACAGGCUCACUGUGUGUGUGUGUGUGUGUUUCCAGGUGAGUCACAUUGACGUGAUCUCGGCAGAGCAGGCAAAAGACUUUGUGGAGGACGACACUACCCAUGGUUAA